GUGCGACAGCGGUGACACGGUUUGAAUGCAAAUGGCGGAAGUGUAGUGGUCUGUUGGAAUACCACUCAAUAAUCAUGCAUUGGAACUUGAAAGUAUUAGUUUUAGCGUUUCUUACAACUGCGCUUGCUGACAGACAUCUUGUUGCAGGGGACCGAGCCACCAGGUGGUGUGUUGUGAGCGACGAUGAAGAGGCGAAAUGCCUGGAGCUGCAGAAAGUGUUAGAAACUUUCAGAUACGACGCCAGUGUUGUGGGGCGUGAAGUCAUACCUUCUACAUUCACAUGUGUCCGAAGUGUGGACGUGUUUGAAUGCAUGAAGAAGAUAGAAAAUGACCAAGCUGACCUGAUGACCUUGGAUUCAGGUCAAGGUUACUACUCUGGCAGAUAUCACAACAUGAUGCCAAUACUGGCAGAAAACUAUGAAGAUGUUGUGAAGGACAAACCGAACUACUACGCUGUGGCAGUGUUUCGGCAGGAUAGGCCUGUUGACCUGAAUGCUUUGCGCAAGAAAAAUAUCUGCUUUCCAGGUAUUGGAACGAGUGCCGGCUAUUUGUAUCCCAUCGCUGAGCUGUUGGACAGGAACCUGAUCCCCGUAGAAGAGUGUAAUGCUGUUGUGAAAUCCGUUACCAGCUUCUUCAACAGAAUGUGUUUGCCUGGAGCUCUCACUUCAUUCUACAACCCUUUCGGCAACAACCCCACGUCUGUGUGUGAGUCCUGCAAUGGCGCAGGAGAGGAGAGAUGCACCACCAGUGAUCCUUCAGCUGGGUUUGAUGGAGCCUACAACUGUAUGGCCAGCGGACGAGGUGACCUCACCUUCCUCCGCCACGACACUGUCGAGAUGAUGACAUCACUGGAGGGAUCUCAGUUCACCCCUGAUACCUUCCGUCUGCUGUGUCCUGAUAAUACCAAGCGCCCAGUGACUGACUUUGCAGAAUGUAACUGGGGAGUUAUUCCUUCCCACAUCAUAAUGACGUCUGCUGUGCGGGAGCAGGAGGUGGUCAACAGCUUCAAGAGAUUCAUCCUUCAGGCUGUGGACUGGUUCAAAGUGGGCGGGACAUAUUACGACAAAUUCCAGAUCUUUGAAUCUAAGAAGAGUUACGAUGCCAAAGACGGACUUUACUUAAGAAAGAACCUGAUGUUUUCGGACACCACCAAGAGGAUAGAGGACAUUGAUGCCAGUUACUAUGAGUGGGUUGGCCCUGAAUUUAACGAUGUGUUGAACAAGAUGCAGCGCUGCCCACUUGACAUAGCACGCUGGUGCGUCAUUUCAAUCGCUGAGAAGAUCAAGUGUGAGUCUAUGAUCAUGGCAUUCAAGGCCAAAGACCUGAAACCUGAGAUCGACUGUCUACUGGGCACCAACACAACUCAGUGCAUGGAUAUGAUCGCCAAGGGAGACGCUGACCUCAUGAAUCUAGAUGCUGGAGACAUCUACAUUGCUGGCAGACGUUUUAACCUGAUCCCCAUUGCGGCAGAGGACUAUGGCGAUAUGUCCAUGAGUUUCAAGGUGGUUGCUGCAGCAAGGAAAACGGACAAGAUCACAACGCUCUUCAAUAUGAAAGGCAAGCGAGCAUGUCAACCUGGCAUAGGGCGUGGUGAUGGAUGGAUCAUUCCCCUCAACAUCUACAUCGAGACAGAGCAGUUCAUUCCAAGUGACUGUACCAUGUUUGAGAAUAUUGGCCAGCUGUUUGUGCGGAGCUGCAUCCCAGGGGCCCUGGACAAGGAGUACAACCCCAAACAAACUCCCAUCAGCCUGUGCGAGGGAUGUGCCGGAGGGGGCUACAGGAAAUGUCAGCGGAACAGUGAGGAGCAGUAUUACGGAGCCAGCGGUGCCUUCAGAUGUCUUGUUGAACGUGGUGGUGAUGUGUCGUUUGUACGACACUUGACCGUGCGAGACAACACCGAUGGACGUAACCAUGCCAAGUGGGCAAGGAACCGUCGGUCGGAUGACUAUGAACUGUUGUGUAAAGAUGGAAGACGAGUCAACAUAGACAAGUUCAGCGAGUGCCAUCUUGGGGUUGUCCCAGCCAAUGCUAUUGUCACUUCCAAAUUCAAGAGUGCACAAGAGCGUGAGAUUUUCUGGAAUUUGGUCAACUACGGACAACAGUUCUUCUCUUCGGACAUUGAUGGCGACUUCCACAUGUUUGACUCUGGGACAUGGUACUCGGACUUGAUGUUUACGGAUGCGGCUGUGCGUCUCAUGAGGAUCCCCGACAACAGACAGAACUAUCUCGACUGGCUGGGAGAAGACUUUGUUGCCCAGAUAGAAAACCUUCAAAAAUAUACAUGUGUGAACCCCUCGCGAGCCUUCUCAGUUUCCCCCAGCUUCCUGUUUGUUGCAGCAUUAGUUGCUGUUGUACAGUUUUUCAAGUUAUAGUGUCACUAGAAUAACUUUGGACCUUUUGGAAUCUAAUACCAAUCUCCAAAACAACGUAAAUCUCUGUUUACACUUACUAGUAGUUAGAACAGAAUGAAUGUAAAUGUUAUUAAAAGGUACUGAAGUCAUCAAAUCAAAAUUAAUCUUUUUCAUAAAUUGGAGAUGUGGUCAGUUUUGUUCAUAUUUUUAUGAACAUAUUCAGUUUUUACUUUUUAACAAUUUCAUAAUACUGCUACAACAUUCAUCAGUGGUUUUUGAAGAGAUUGAUGAAAUACAAUAUACAUGUAUGCAAGAAUUCCAUGUUAUAUUGUAAUUAAUGAAUUCAAUUUAUUGCUCAAGAAGAAUGGCAUGAUAAGCACUAAAUAAACUCCAUGUGGUUUAAAAUCUGUUAGAUGUGUGGAGUGCUAAAUAUUAUUAUUUUU